AUGUCCAAUACCGAGUUGAGCCCCGAGACAGCAGAAAUGCGUGAUAAUUGCCGGGAGAAUGCCCAACGGGCAAUUGACGGAGCUGACGUCGAUCUCGAAGCCCUGGAUAUUGAGUUCAGGUUCACCAUGAAGCUAUUAAAAAAAGUAGCCGAGAACAAGAGACUUCAAGAACGUGUUCAGGAAGUAGAGGCAACGUUGAGAGACCUCACAUUCUAUUUUGAUGUCGGGGAUUGGGCGGCAGCCGUUCUGAACUACGUCAACGCAUCAGAGAACAUGAUCUUGGCGAAGGAGUGGGCAUGUAUCGAACCCCUCCUUCAAGGCUAUGGCAUUACCGGUGAAGCCCUUAGAAAACAAUACAAAGACCUCAAAGCAUAG